AUGUCUCGUGGCGCUACUUCCGACGACAAAGAGUUUCUAAAGGAGAUCUGCCUUCCUAUUCCCCGAGAGAUGACUGAAGACGCCACCUCCAACACACUGCCGAGCCAGGACAGCAUUACCUUAGGUGAUGACGACGACACCUUUGACAGACAGGUUCAGUUUAUUGGAUGGUUCAUGAGAUAUAUCUACUCAAACAACUAUCCAAGGAACACUGGAAUCGGCACCAUGGUCAACAGAUUCAUUAUGAGGUCGGAGAACAUGAAACUGCACAAGACUGUUCGCAUCAGGGGUUCUAUUGACAAGAAAGCCGAGUUCACUUCCAGUGAGUAUGUUACCCCAAUGACUUUCUCAAGUGCCUCGACCGCCCUUACACCACCUUCAGCAUUCUCUAAUUUGACCUCAUCAAGCCAAACGUUCCACAAUGUCGUUGUCGCUGUGUCACAGAAAGCGGUAUUGCAACCCACACUGACGCGUCGACGCUGGAUGGAGGAGGCUAAGACGAUAGUUCCCAAAGGUGGUGGAAUCUCCAUCAAGGAUCUCGAGUCAAGCUUGCCCCCACUUUGCAGUGAAGAUGCAGAGCACGCCAAGGAGGAAGAAUUCAGGACAACGGCCAACUGUCUGUUGAAUGCCAUCAAAGGAUCGGUGGGUGCAAAGAGGAAGGAGGAGAAUAAGAUGGUGAUCGGAAUUGAUCUCAGCCAGUUCAAGUCGAGCUCUGGCCUUACAUCCCUUCAUGGAUCCUUUCUGGCGUACUUUGUCUAG